GACUUUUCACCUAACACUCAAACCAUACGAUCAACGAGUCCAAUGACGACAACUUACAUCAAAUGAACUCCCACAGCCUCGCCCAUUCCUUUUCCUUUUUAACGUAAUUCCUUUAUUUAUUAUUACGUGUAUAAAAUUGAAAUUUACUAUGGAGUAUAUAUUUACAUACUACUAGAGUCAAGACUUGCCAAUCACUGGCUUCAUUGUGGAAGCAGAAAACACGCUCAACUAAUCUUCUUCUUGAUUUCUCCCCCUUCUCCGAUCACGGUUUACUCCAGCUAGAGAUACCUCCACCAUGGAUCGUGGGAAAUUUACACUGAUGGGAUCGACUGUGUGUGUCAUGCUCAGUUUGCACUUCUCGAUACAGCUAGUGUCCCAACAUUAUCUAGCAUGGAAGAAGCCCAAGGAACAAAAGGCGAUUGUCAUAAUUGUCCUCAUGGCUCCCUUAUAUGCUAUUGACUCUUAUGUUGGUCUGUUGGAUAUCAAAGGAAGUGAAACAUUUUUCACUUUCUUGGAUUCUGUAAAAGAAUGUUAUGAGGCUCUGGUGAUGGCAAAGUUUUUGAGUUUAAUGUACACCUACUUGAACAUAUCCAUCAGCAAAAACAUAGUACCAGAUGAAAUUAAAGGAAGAGAAAUUCAUCACUCGUUCCCAAUGACUCUUUUCCAGCCUCAUACUGUCCGUUUGGACCACAAGAAUCUUAAACUUCUCAAGGACUGGACAUUGCAAUUUGUUGUAAUCCGUCCUGUUUGCUCUGUGUUGAUGAUAACGUUUCAACUUCUCGAUAUCUAUCCUAGCUGGCUGAGCUGGACAUUCACCAUCAUCUUGAAUGUUUCUGUUUCACUUGCCUUGUACUCUCUUGUUGUGUUUUACCAUGUUUUCGCAAAGGAGUUGGCACCUCACAAACCUCUCGCAAAAUUCUUGUGCGUCAAAGGAAUUGUCUUCUUCUGUUUCUGGCAGGGAAUUAUGCUUGAUAUUCUUGUAGCAGUUGGGAUAAUAAAAUCAAACCAUUUCUGGCUGGACGUCGAGCAUCUUCAGGGAGCUCUUCAGAACGUCUUGGUGAUUGUGGAGAUGGUUUUCUUUUCUCUCCUCAUGCAAUAUGCAUAUACUGCUGAACCGUACCGCACUGGGUCGGUUUCGGUCAAGACUACAGAGAAGAAGAAAGAAUGAUGGAGCGAAUGUCUUCACUCUUGAGCAAAAUAUUGCUUCUCCCUUUAUACGGCAGUGUCAUGGUGUAUUGACCAUUGUAUUGUAUGUUUAAUAAUAGCAUGUCAUCUUUUGGGGCUGGCUGUCUUUACACUAAAGUUAGUAAAUCAACUAUUAUGAGGAUGCUACUACUAUGAACUCUAUUCUGUAAUGUCGAUUUGUACCUUAUCCGGGGAUUUUGUGAACAAUCUCAACGGCCAUUUGCAAUUUUGUUGGAAAAUUUGACUUUUUAAUGGCCUCGAAAA